AUGUCCGAGCUAUCUGAUAAAAUUGAAGAGCUUCUGAAAGUUAUUGCGAAGGAAAAUGAACGGCUGCAGUCAUUCAAACAUGAUUUAGAAAGAGUUCUUGACCACACGACGAAACUAUUGUCCUCGAUACCCUCAAUUUACAAAAAGAGGAAAUAUGAAGUAACAGCACGCGGAGAAGAGUGGCACAAACAGAUCGAGGAGACCGUGAAAAAACUUCACCAGGAGCUGGAUGAUAUGCAAAAAGAGCACGAGGUUCUACUCAAGAAACAAGAGACAGAGUAUGAAGAAUUACUUAAAAACUUGGAUCAAAUAAACAAAAAAGCAACAAGUUUACAGAAAUCACACGAUGUCAAAGAAAUGCAGACAUUUAUACCAGUGAUUGAAAAACUGGAAACACAGGAGGAGCUUACACAGUAUUCGUUUCCGACAUUUUAUGAAUGUGAGAUAGAUGCAAGUUAUUUACAAACGUAUUUCGGAUUCAUAGAGAAAAUAGCCCCUCAAAAGAUUCCGUUCUUUAAAAAGAUUAUAACAAAAAAUGAGUAUUAUAUUAAAAGGGUAUUAAAAAUACCAACAGUUACAGCUGUUAUUAACACAAGUUUCCGUGCUGAUGAAGAAACUGGAUCUCGUCUGUAUGACAUGGCUGUUACCGAUGAUAACAAAGUGUGGGUGGGAGGAAAUAGUACAGAACUGAAGUUAUUUGAUCUCCAAGGAAACCUUCAUCGAAUCAUCAGUGCGACUUGGAUAGGCUACCACUUAUGUAUGUACAACAACCAGGUGGUGUAUAGUGAUUAUAAAGCCUUGAAAAUGAUAUCUAAUGACGAAACUGUAAGGACAUUGUUUACAACAGGGGACUGGGAAUCCACAGGCAUCACAAGCACCGCGUCCGGUGAUCUACUGGUCUGUCUCCGUAAAGACGAUCAGUCCAAAGUCAUCCGAUACACUGUCAGCAGUACCGUCACCGUGCUCCAGCAAAUCCAGUACGACUCGCAAGGUCACCCUCUGUACACACAUCCGUAUUACAUCACUGAGAAUGUCAACGGAGACAUCAUUGUAUCUGAUUUGAAGAAAUAUGCAGUCAUUGCUGUUAAUAAAUUGGGAAUAUUUCGAUAUACGUACUCGGGAAAUAACAUGACUGCGAACGAGGUUUUUGGAGCUGAAAAUUUGGCCUCAAUUGAUCUGUUAUUUAAUCAUUAUCAAAUACAUGCCACCGAUGGCCUGUUACUUAUGAUGACAUCCGAAGAAGAAACCCAGUGCCAACAUAUCGUGGUAUGUGAUCUGUGUCAGAAACCAGUCUCGUUUUUCUGCAGGCGAUGCGGUGUCAAUCUGUGUGACCACUGUAUCCCAAUACAUCUACGCGCGAAAUCUAAAUAUGGCCAUGACGUAGUGGACUAUAUCAGCAAAGAUGAUGACGACACAGGUUUUUGUGAUUCCCAUCCCCAAAACGAUUGUUCCGCAUAUUGCAAAACCUGCAAUGUUCCGAUAUGCAUGCUUUGCGUGUCUAUCAAACACAAAUCGCACGAAAUGUCGGAGCUGUCAGAUAAAAUAGAAGAAUUUUUCAAACUGAUUGCAAAUGAAAACGAUCGACUUCAGUCGAUUAAACAUGAAUUGAAAAUAGUUCUGGAUCAUACGACAAAAUUAUUGUCGUCGAUAUAUACCAUUUACAAACAGAAGAAAGAUGAAGUUACGGCACGGGGAGAAGAGUGGCACAAACAGAUAGAAAAAACCGUGAAGAAACUUCACCAGGAACUUGAUGGUAUGCAGAAGGAACACGAGGCGCUACUUAAGAAACAGGAAACAGAGUUUAAAGAAAUAAUUGAAAAGUUGGAUGAAAUCAACAGAAAGGCAACAAAUUUACAGAAAUCACAUGAUGUCAAAAAAUUGCAGACGUUUAUGCCAUUAAUUGAAAAACGAGAAGCACUGACCGAGUUCACACAGUAUUCAUUUCCGACAUUUUAUGAAUGCAAAAUAGAUAAAAAUUAUUUGCAAACGUAUUUCGGAUACGUUGAGAAAAGGGAGGAAAAAAAGAUUUCGAUUCUUGGCAAGAAAUUGAAAAAAGAUCAUCUGUCGGAUAGAAGAAUAAUAAAGGUACCAAUAGUUAAGUCUGUUAUAGACACCGGGUUUCCUGCUGACGAUAAAAAUACAAACCGAUUGCUUGCCAUGGCCGUUACUGACGAUGAUAAAGUGUGGAUGGGAGGACAUACCAAAGAACUGAAGUUGUUUGAUCUCCAGGGAAACCUCCGCCAUGCAGUCAACAUAUCUUGGAAGGGCUACUAUUUAAGUAUGUACAGCAAACAGGCGGUGUAUUGUGAUUAUGAAACCGUAAAAAAAAUAUCCCAUGACGACAUUGUUCUCACGAUGUUUACAACCGGGGAUUGGAAUGCCCGUGGUAUCACAAGCACCGCGUCCGGUGAUCUUCUGGUCUGUCUUCGCAAAGGAUAUCAAUCCAAGGUCGUCCGAUACAGCAGUACCGGUACCAUGCUCCAAGAAAUCCAGUACGACUCGCAGUGUCAACCCCUGUACACAGACCCGAUUUACAUCGCUGAAAAUGUCAACGGAGACAUCAUUGUUACUGACUGGGGAAAAAACGCUGUUGUUGCUGUCGAUAGAAUAGGGAUACUCCGAUAUUCAUACUCGGGGAAGGAUCGUAGUUUUGAUGUCUGUUCAGUGGCAACUGAUUCUGUUGGCCAUGUCAUCGUUACAGAUUGCAAAGGGGACAAGAUUCAUAUGCUGGAUAGAGACGGGGUAUUUUUGAGGUACAUCAUCCCUGAAGAAAAAAUAAAUAGACCAAGCGCCGUGUGUAUUCUUGGCACCGGUGAGAUGAUGGUGGGAGAGUGUCUCACCGGAAUAGCCAAAAGAAUCAAAUACUUAGAAGAAUAAAGAUAUAUCCAUUUCAUUUGUUUGAUUAAAAAGCGCUUUCAAGCUUAACCUAAUAUCAAAUAUAUGUUUUGAAACAAAAAUAGGAAGUUUCUGAUGACAUUUUGAAAUCUUGACAAAUCAUUUCAAGAAAUUUUGUACGUAAAUUAAUAUCAAAACCUAACGUUAGUAGGGAAAUGCGACUCUAUAAAAAUUUUCUGAUUAUGACUUGUAUAUAGCAUGAUUACAAAUUUGUUUAUUUAUCUCUUUUUUCUAUAAUUUCAUUGACUUAUAGUAUUCUGUACUAACAAUUCAUUUCCUGGAAUUAAUUAAAUAUAUACGAAUACUAUCUUAAAUAAAUAUUACAAUCAGG